UGGCGGCGCGGCGGCAUGGAGGCCACCCUGGAGCAGCACCUGGAGGACACCAUGAAGAACCCCUCCAUCGUGGGCGUCCUGUGCACGGACUCGCAAGGACUGAACCUGGGCUGCCGUGGGACCCUGUCCGAUGAGCAUGCUGGGGUGAUAUCUGUUCUAGCCCAGCAAGCAGCGAAGCUGACCUCAGACCCCCCUGAUAUUCCUGUGGUGUGUCUAGAGUCAGAUAAUGGGAACAUUAUGAUCCAGAAACAUGAUGGCAUCACGGUGGCAGUGCACAAAAUGGCCUCUUGA